AUGGAGCUGGGACGCUCCAGCCCCGUGGAGCUGGGAUGCUCCAGCCCCGUGGAGCUGGGAUGCUCCAUCCCCACAGUGGGGCAGGAGGCGCUGGAGGACGAGGAGGCGAAGAUCGGCGAGUACCGGCGGCUCCUGGGCACCCUCCCCACGGUGAAUCGGGCCACACUGAAGGCGCUCAUCAACCACCUCUUUCGGGUCCAGCGCUUCUCCAGGGAGAACCAGAUGAACACGCACAACCUGGCCAUCGUCUUUGGGCCCACGCUCUUCCAAACGGACGGGAAAGACUACAAGGCGGGACGCGUGGUGGAGGACCUCAUCAGCCACUACGUGAAGAUCUUUAACGUCAACGACCAAGAGAUGAAGAAGCAGCAGGACGAGAUCAUGGCCAUCAUGAAGAUGCGGGAGGCAGCGUCCAGUGGGACACAGCAAGCCGGGGACUUCAUCUGCACUGUCUACCUGGAGGAGAAGAAGACAGAGGCAGAGCAGCACGUCAAGAUCCCGGCCACGAUGACAGCUGAGGAGCUCACCUUUGAGAUCCUAGACCGGAGGAAAAUCGUCAUGAAGGAGAAGGACUAUUGGAGCUGCUUCGAGGUGAACGAGAGGGAGGAGGCAGAACGGCCCUUGCACUACUCGGAAAAAGUCCUGCCCAUUUUGCACUGCCUGGGGACGGAGAGCUACCUGGUGGUGAAGAAGCAGAUGUCCAUGGAGAACAUGCUCAUCUACCUCGCCAGCAGAGUGGGCGACUGCAAGCACGGCAUGAUGAAGUUUCGGGAGGAGAGGAACCUGCUGGGGCUCGGCCUGAGCACCGGCUUCCACGACCGCUACUUCAUCCUCAACCACACCUGCCUGCGCCUCUACAAGGAAGUGCGGAGCCUGAAGCAGCGGACCCCCCCCUUGGAGAACAGCCACAAGCCGGAGAAGGAGUGGCCCGUCAGGAACCUGAAGGUUUACCUGGGCAUUAAGAAGAAGCUUCGGCCCCCGACGUGCUGGGGCUUUACGGUCUUCUACGAAAACGAGAAGCACGAGAAGCAGCAAUGGUACCUGUGCUGCGACACCCAGGCCGAUCUGCGGGAGUGGUUCGCCACCUUCCUCCACGUGCAGAACGGCGGGGCCCUGUGGCCCUCGGAGACCUCCAAGGUGCGGGCGUCGCGGUCGCAGCAGGACUCCAGGUUGGGUAACAUCUCCCUCAUCCCGCUGCGGGGCAAUGAGAGUGAGAUGAGGAACAGUGUGGCUGCUUUUGCUACUGACCCGCUAACCCUCCUGCGAAACGUCUGAGCAGGAGGCCUGACACGCCGGGUUCGUCCGCAAGCGGGGCAGCCCUCGGGGAGCCGCACCAGCCCCGCACCCCGGCACCUGCCGGGGGUCCCGCCGGCUCCGGACCCUCCGCCGUGCCCUCUCGCCUUCCCCCCACGGUGACCCACGGGCAGCCAGGAGGGGAAACGGCAGCGAGGCCACCCACCCACCCACCCGCCGGCGGAGCGGGUCUUGGGAGCCACGGCCAGGCAGCCCACGGGGACCGCGCGGUGCCAGCCCACCCGACCCCGCACCCCGGCUGCUUUCGCCUGCCGCUUCUGCUCCGAGCUCCAGGCGGAGAGGCAGAGCCCGGCCGGGCGCCCCGGCACAGCCGUGGGACGAGGGCUGUGGCCGGAGGCUCUUGCUUUUCCUCCUCCUCCCUCUAUUUUUAAGUCUCUCUCCUUUAAAAUGACAAGGCAGGCGGGAGCAGCCCUUCCCGUGGGAUGCACGCCCGGCGCCGGGCACCGACAAGCAGCAUCACAGUGCUCCCAUCGCUCCUGGGGAGGGGGUGCCCCAUCCUUGGGGUCCCCUCCAUGCCGGGCAGGGCAUCAAGAGCUUCUGCAUCCCCCCAAAUUGGGGAGGGGGUGCAUCCGGCAUCUGUCCACGCCCCCCCUCCCCUGGCUCCAGCCUCUGCUGGAGGAGGGGGGGGACAGGGUGGGGGGCUGCAGGAGCUGUCCCCGCUUCCCACCGCCACCUCUCAACGAUAUUAAAGGUGGGGA